UAUUUCACACUGCCUUGCAGAUUCCAUGUUUAACCCCAUGGUAGCAGAAAUAUGCUUACCGUACAUGGUACCUGGCGAGCAACGAGGACACGCCGAUACCCGUACAAUAGAAAUGAUAUGGAUGACGCAACGGAACAAAAUCGCCUUUCCGAAUUUGGAAUAAGCGCUAGGGCGAGAAGAUUAGAUAAGAGACGGAUAAGGUUUACCGAGACUUUAUCCAGGGCAGCCUUCUUUCAAUCCUCGGGAAUCGUCUUAUCGGGAAAGAGGAGUGGGUUAGGUGUCACCCAUACCUUCAAAUCUUUUGGGUUUUAUGCGCCUUGGUAUUUUCUUUGGUGAGGCAGAUAGUGAUAGCGUAUACUCACUUCUUUUUAU